AUGGGCCCAAGGAGAACACACCGGAAGUCACGAAAUGGCUGUCCGCAAUGUAAGGCACGAAGACUAAAGUGCGAUGAGCAAUAUCCAUGUACAAACUGUAUUAAACACGCCAUUCAAUGUUCCUAUGUUGAUCGGGGUAUAUCAACUCCGACCGAGACUCCAGCUACUCGGUCAGAGCCAUUAGUGCCGUCUUAUGUGUCUUCGCCGUUGAACACAGGGUCAUACCCGGCAACCCCUGCCGGGAACCCGGCAGCUCUGGGCGACGCCAAGCCCCAGCCAAAGAGUAGAUCUGGUCUACUACUAUUUUUGUCCGACUCACCAGACGAAAUUCCGGCCUUAAACACGGAUGACUGGGCGUCAGAUCUUGAACUCAUGCACCAUUACUGCACCGUGGCAUGCAACACUCUGACAAUCCGCGAAGACGCACGGCAUGUCUGGCGCGUUGUUCUCCCCGUGGAGGCAUAUUCCAAUAAAUAUUUGAUGCAUGGACUACUGGCUCUGUCGGCUCUGCAUCGCGCCUCUCUCUUCCCAACUCAGAAAGAAAAGAACAUCAAGGCCUCCGCCUACCACCAGGCAGCUGGGCUAAAAGAGUUUCGGGAGCUCAUUUCCUCUCCAGUCGACCCUAGCAAUUGGCAGCCUGUUUUUUGCUUUGCUUCUAUGAUCAUGGUGUAUGUCUGUGCUUCGCCGAUCCGACUGGGAGAGGAUCGUUGGCCAGCUCCUAUAUCGAAUAUGGUGGAGCUCUUUUCCGUCGUCCAGGGAUUGCAGACUCUUAUGGAGCCAUGGCUACACUCUCUUGGAAAAACCCAGCUCGCACCGCUUGUUAACUGUGUCUGGCUUGAAAGUGAAAUGCUCAUUGGAAGCCCGGCGACCGUACAGCAAUCUCUACUUCCUCCCGACAUCCAGGUUCGGAUAACACAACUCCGCCGAUUUAUUGAUGAUUAUCCAUUUCCUCAUACACAACCCCAGUCGCACCAGAACUUGAGCGCCUCGGAUGAAUCGCCACGUCCUAUCGAUUACCGAGCAGACUACAAACGCGCGUUGAAAUUCUUUGAGAACUCGACUCGUCAGAUAGAGCUCGCAGGGCCCCACGUUGAGGUUGGAAUGGUCCUGAUGUGGGCAUACUCACUUUCCAAACAAAUCCGAGAUGAUUUGGAAUUAUCCCAUCCUGCAGCUCUCGUCCUGCUGAGCCACUGGUGUGUGCUGCUGCAUCUUAUCAACGAUGCCUGGUUCAUCAAAGGCACUUCACUUCAAUUGAUGGAGGAGAUUGAGAGUAAGAUCAACCCCGGCUUUAGGGGGUGGUUGGCAUGGCCAAGAAGAUGGGUCUGUGGGAAAUAA